AGGGCCGCUCCGCUACGCUCGGGUUUCAGCUGGUCCGGGCGGAGUCCAUGCGGGAUAAAGGAAUUAGACCAAUUCAGUCCAGCUGAAGGUUUUUCACGCCGUUUAGCGACGACAUCAGCCGCUCAACAUGACCACGACGACCACCUUUCAAGGCAUGGAGCCCGGUGCCAAAAACAGUUCCAGGGUUUUGUGUCCUCCUGGAGGAGCCUCUAAUAUUUCCUUUGGAACAGAGGAAGAGAAGCCGGUGCGCAAAAACAAGAUGGCCUCCAGUAUCUUUGCUGAACCUGACGACCCUCACGCUCAUCGAAGGAACAACCCACCAACUGGAGAAGCGUCUGGGGUUUUGUGUGGAGAACCGUCGGCUCCUCUCAGACGGUGCCAACCUGCCAUCGUCUAUGAUAAUGGAGUUCCUGGCGACCGUCAAGCCAACAACGAUCAAAAUGACCAUGAAGAGGACAACAUCGAAGAAGCCCCGGAGCAGAAAGACGCCGCCGCACAACCUUCUGCCCCCUCGGCACCCGCCGGCCUCCCCUCCGGCCGGAGGAACCCACCCGGUGGCAAAUCCAGUCUGAUCCUGGGCUGAAACGGCCUUCAUUGAACUUUCUUUGCUCUAUCUGUAUUUCUCUCUCUUUUUUUAAGGAACUUCUUCCUUCACUCUUAUCGUGAGCCAUGGAAACUUUCGUCCUCCACCGUCUUUUCAUUUUUCUAUUGCGAAACAAGAGAAGUGAUCGUUGACAGAAGCACUUUAUGUAAGAAGUCCGUUUCAGUCGCUCCUGCAGGAAUUCAAGGCAUGAGAGAUUCAGAUCGACUUUUAAUCUGCCCUGGUGUAAAUCAUUGAAGGACAAAAAAAAGAUUUGUUGCGCAAAAUUUCUAAGUACAAAUAAAGAUUGAUAUGAAUUUCA